CACAAGACUAACCAGUCUUCAUUUGUUAGAAGCACGAUUUAUCUUCUUUUAUCUUCUUCUAGUUUCUUCUUUUCUUUUCUUCUUUUCUUCUUUUCCUUUAUCCUUAUUUUGAAAUGAGAAUAGUCUCCUCGGCAUCAUGAGUGUCAUGCAAAACUUCACCUACAAUGCCUCCCCUGUCCGGGUUGUCUUUGGUAGCGGUACUGUCAAGCAGCUCUCUGCGGAAAUCUCCCGUCAGAAGCUGACUGCACCUCUGCUUGUCUCGACUCCAGGACAAGUCAAUGAAGCAGAAACCUUGAAGACAAAUCUUGAUGGCAAGAUCGCCGGCAUCUUCACUGAGGCGACGAUGCACACGCCGACAAACGUCACCGACAAGGCGGUUGAAUUUGCAAAGUCCGUAAAGGCAGACGCUGUUGUGUCGAUCGGAGGUGGAAGUACAAUCGGACUUGGAAAGGCUAUCAGUAUUCGUACUGGUUUGCCUCAUAUCUGUAUACCGACAACGUAUGCUGGGUCAGAAAUGACUCCGAUUUUGGGCGAGACGGCAGAUGGACAGAAGAAGACUAGGAACGAUCCUAAAAUUCUCCCAGGCACUGUCAUCUACGAUGUCGACUUCACCAUGACUCUGCCGGUAGCACUGAGUGCCACGAGUGGUGUGAAUGCAAUUGCGCACUCAGUGGAAGCGCUUUAUGCUCAGAAUACCAACCCCAUUAUCAACCUUCUUGCCCUUGAGGGCAUUAAGGCUCUCGCGGAGUCCCUCCCCAUUAUCGCAAAGUUGCCCUCGGAUGUUGCUGCCCGCACAACAGCCCAAUAUGGAGCUUGGCUCUGUGGCAUGUGUCUCGGAUCAGUUGGAAUGGCCCUCCACCAUAAAAUCUGCCACACCAUUGGAGGAUCAUUUAAUAUGCCCCAUGCGGAAACCCACACGAUCAUGCUGCCUCACGUUCUAGCAUAUAAUUCCCCAAUGAUCCCCGACGUAAUGAAAAAGCUAGCCGACGUGUUCCCCGAGAGCAACGGCGAUGCCGUCCAUGGUCUCAACGUUCUCCUAACAAAGCUCGAGGUCAAACGGGGACUGAAAGACUUCGGAUUUAAGGAGGAAGAUAUUGACAAGGCUGCAGAUAUUGCGGUUAGCCACCCUUAUUACAAUCCACGACCAGUUGAGAGACAUUCAGUCCGAGAACUUAUUCGAAGGGCGUGGGCUGGAGAGGAAGCUAAAGCAGAUCUAUAAAACUGAAUGACGAGGGAAGCAGACCAAACUUGGCAUUUGUACCUGACGUAUCACGCUAUAGCGGAGAUCUAGAGCAGGCGGCAUGGGCCUAUAAGGAUAUCAACGCAGUUGCAAAAAUAACGAAGCCCGACUGCCGUUGUGGUAGCCGCUAUCGAAGGGCUUAAGCGCUCUCACGUUGUCUCCUUUACUUACAUAAUCGCGGAACUACUAAAUAAUGGCCACCUGCCCCAUGCUUAGCUUUGUUCUACAACUUGGCUGCAUUAUUUGGCCCCCUACUGUCAUCCGCAUCCUAAACAUAAACUGUGCAUCCGGUGG